UUAAAAAGGUUUUUUGUAGGUUGGGGAAAGAAGAAGUGAGUUUCAUAGACUAUUUUAAUGAGAUGGUUUGGAAAGAGGGAAAAAAGCUGAAGGAGAAAAGAGUGGGGCCGCCCGUUGAUGAAGAUUGGGAACAAGCAGUUUCCUUUACACAUUUUUUAAAGAAGUUUUAUGAUACUACUUUGGUUCUUAGUGCAAGUAAGUGUUCUACUUCAAGUUUGAUCUUAAAAGAAAUGUUUGCCGUGGAAAGGGCAAUUUUUUACAAGAAGAAAGAUGCAUCUAAUCCUACUUUACAAAAAGUAGCAAUUAGUAUGAGUACUAAGUUUGUCAAGUACUGGGGGUGUUUUGGUAGUGUGAAUAAACUUAUCUAUGUGGCUAAUGUACUUGACCCAAGAUUUAAGCUUCAACUCUUGAGGAAACAACACACCAUUAUUGAAACGAAGGC